UGGAACACGGUGGAACACUUUUUUUGUGUGGAGAACUCUAUCUUGUAUUUCUAGUAUCUUUGGUAUGGUGGUGUUAUUUCCAGUGUGGUCUGACCUCAUCUCGGUAUAAAGGUUGAAGUGCACCUGCGCCAUCUACUGUUCGUCUCCUGGGGCCUGCUUGUUUUUAGUUGCAUCUUGUAUUAUGUUACAAAUAAAUGUAUAAGUUCAUGUCCUCCAAUAUUCCGAUUCAUGUUGUCCGGAGUAGAUGACGCGGUGCACUUCAACCUUUACAACACUGAGGUGGAAUCAGACAAAACGGGAAAUAAUAGUGUGUAGUUGUCAAUAAAAUUCAUCUUCAUUUUAUAGGGCUGUCUGUAUAUUCCUAAAUUUUCAGAAGACUGCUGUUCUCGUUCUGGAUGAUUUCUAUGCUGUUUGGUACUAAAUAGUGAUUGGUUUGUGUGCGGCCAUGUUAUUACUUGAAUAACCACUACAGAGAAGUCCUUCGCUGACAUUGGCUUUACGACUGACCUUGAAAGCUACUUGACCUUGAAGGACACCUGGUAUGCCUUUAGAAUUAUUCUUGCUGUUGUCUUUGCAUUGCUGCUCCUCAUCACGGUGUGUCUAUGCAAACAAAUAAGAAUAGCUGUUGGUAUGAUUCAAGAAGCAAGCAAACCAACUAUUCUCUGGCAGAUGAUACUGCCCUUAAUCUAACUGGCUUUGAGAACGGCUCCAUCAACUGCGAGUUCCAAUCAUACGCAGUGCCCGACCUAGCCCUGUACUUGCAGGCCUACAACCAGUUUGGUCUAUUUUGGCUCAUGUACUUUAUCAUAACCUUGUGUCAGGUGACUCUUGCUGGUGCCUUCGCUUCCUGGUAUUGGACGUUUCAGAAGAAGGACACGCCCACAUUUGCUGUGACUGCCUCAUUCUGGCGGGCCAUUAGGUAUCACUUGGGAUCCAUUGCAUUUGAUUCAUUGAUCAUUGCCAUCAUCAAGAUGAUACAUGUCAUGCUGGAGUAUCUUGAAAGAAAGUUGAAAGGCCAAGAAAAUGAUGUUGUCAAGUAUAUCAUCAAGUGUUUGAAAUGCUGUUUCUGGUGCUUAGAAAAGUUCAUGAAAUUCCUAAAUAAAAAUGCAUACAUCAUGAUUGCUGUGUAUGGUAAGAAUUUCUGUAUAUCAGCAAAGAAAGCUUUUUUCCUACUGAUGCGAAAUAUUUUGAGAGUGUUUGUAGUGAAUCAAUUGACCGAUUUUUUGAUAUUUCUCGGAGUCAUGUUUGUUGUGUGCCUGUGUUCUGUUGCUUCCUUUUAUUAUUUUACCAAUAGCAUCACUAUAGUAUCGGAAUAUGUCCCAGCUCCUGAACUCAAUUACUAUUGGUUGCCAAUUAUAACAAUUGGAGUGGGAUCAUACGUAAUCGCUAAAGGAUUCUUUAGUGUUUAUGACAUGGCUGUAGACACAUUGUUCCUCUGUUUCUCCUUACUACAUGUCCAAGAAUCUGAUGAAGAUUGUUGGCAAGAAAAACAAAAAGGUGAAGAAGACACAGCAAUAGAGAUGCGAUGGAAGCUAGAAAAAUUUAAAAUGACUAUGAGAACCAUUCCAUGAGAACCUCAGUGCCUGUAAUAGUAUACAAAUAUUUACUGGGUUGAAGGGCAUGGUUCAAAUUAUAGCCCUUGGUGAUUUUGCAGCUGUACUACUGUAUGUCCCGAGAUGAAGUCGAGGGACAUACUUUACUACAGUAUGUCCCGAGAUGAAGUCGAGGGACAUACAGUAGUACAGCUGCAAAAUCACCAAGGGCUAUAAUUUGAAUCCCAGUAAACAUUUGUUUUUAUAUACCACCACAUAUAUUCCCUGUAAUUGAGUUGUGAAGAAGCCUAGGCCUAGUACGUAGGCCUACUAAAACUUCGCUAGCACUUCAUCGAGGCCUGCAUUUAAUAACUCAGUAAACCACAGUUUGUGACUUCAAGAUGAUCCGGACAGCAUACUUAACUUGUUUUUUCACUGGCUAUUAAACUCACUACACUUGCCUAAAACUAUUGCCUGGCUUUUAACCAAUCAAAUGCCUGGAAUCUAUGUAGUUGGUAUAUACUACUAAAUAUAAACAUUUUUUUGUGAGUUUUUAAUUGCUUGCUUCACUGUUUCAGAAUUAAGCAUGAUGUUUUUUGUACCUUUGUAUCUUUGAAAUGGAUAUUUUCAAGUUUAUAAACCAUAUUAAUCAUAGAAUGUCAAUAAUUAGAGAAACAAAAAUCAUAAAUGUGUAAAGUGAUACUCAAAAUUUUUUUUAAUUGUUAAUGUUUAUCACAUGUAGAGAUAACAAGGAAUUAUUCCAUACACCAAUAUACAUUUAUAUAUCGAAACAUUAAUUAGAUGUGUACAUACAAUGCAAACUUUACUUAACUAACGUUCAACCAAGCUUGUAAAAUUAUUUGUUUGGUUCAUUAAGAAUGAGUAUAAAUAUAAAGUACAUAUAUUAAAGAUUUAAUGUCUAUGGGGCUGGAGUACUGAAAAUAUAAUAAAAAAAUAUUUUUAAUGGCAAAUUAACACUACACUUAAUAAUAAAUUAACACUUCACUUAAUAAUACUAUUUCUAUAAAGUAUUCUUUCUAUAGACUGUAUAUUUAUUUUAUUUAUUUAACUUUCGUUAUACUGGAUGGCACACUCAAUGCAAAGGCAUUGAUUUUCGUUGUGGUCCAGUUACAUAACAUAAAAUACAAAAAUUGAAAAAUUGAAAAGAAAAAUUUAGGAAAAUUAAACAAAGGACUUAAUUACAAAAAUAGAUGACUUAAUUACAAAAAUAAAGGACUUAAUCACAAAAAUAGAGGAGAGACCAAUUAAUUCAGAGCAUUUUUAAAUGUGUAUUGGUUAAAAUUCUGGAAAUCCCUAGUUAUAUUGCUAAGUAGUUGGUUCCACUUCAUGGAUGCACGGUAAUGAAAAGUUCGUUUUCCUUGACAUAUGUUCCAUUGUGGAACUACAAGAUGAUUAUUUGUCUGGCUUCUAGUGUUUUUAUCAUUUUCAAGGAAAACAAACAUAUUAAUUAGGUAGGAGGGAGCAAGUCCUUGAAGGCAUUUAAAAGUUAAAAAUAAUAAUUGGUCUCUCCAUCUAUUUUUCAGAUUUUGCCAGUUCAACAAACUUAAAAUAUCAUUAAUUGGUGUUCUAAUAUCACAUGAUGAAAGUAAUAUUCUUUCUAAGGUGUUUGACAGAACUUGUAAUCUAUUAGAUAAUUGGAUGGAACAGUUUGACCAUACACAAGAACAAUAAUCAAAUAAAGGUAAAACAAUAGUUUUAGCUAACAUCUUAAGAAUAAAUUGAUAUCUGAUACGACGCAUGACACCAAUCCUUUUAGAAACUUUACAAGAUAAGCUUUCAAUGUGUUUGCUCCAUGUAAGCUGCGGGUCAAAAGUAACACCCAAGUAUUUAAAAAAAUCAACUCUGUCAAUGGAGUCAUUAUUAUAGCUCACAGUAACAUUAUUAAAUUUUGAAAUAUUCUGUGUUGUUCCAAAAUCAUAAAUUUAGUCUUUUUAAUAUUUAGUGUCGGGUGAUUUUCAUUGAACCAAUUAACUAUUUUGUCAAGAUUAUGAUUUUAUUCAUUCUGGAGUAUUAUUGAGUCGGAUGAACUACACAGCAGAGUAGUGUCAUCGGCGUACAUAACAGAUUUACAAGAAACACUGUUUGGGAGAGAGUUCACAUAAAUUAUAAAGAGUAGUGGUCCCAAUACAAAUACUUGCGGGAUACCAAUACAAACAUUUUUACAAUCAGACUUAUCAGAAUUAAUACAAACAACUUGUGACUGAUUUCUUAAAUAUGAAUUAAACCACUCUAAGCCAAUAUCACUAAUAUCAUAUUUUCUGAGUUUAUCAAUUAAAAUUACGUGAUUGACUGUGUCAAAGGCCUUUUUCAGGUCAAGAAAAAGGGCAGCAGUUACAUUACCUUUGUCAGUGUUUUUAAGAAUAUAAUCAGUGACAUCAAGCAAAGUGGUAUGAGUAGAGUGGUUUUUCUUAAACCCAGACUGAGAUUCAUUUAGGAUAUUAUUUUCAGUAAAGUAGGUAUAUAAUUGAUCAUGAACUGCCCGUUCAAGGAUCUUAGAUAUCAUAGGUAAUACAGAGAUUGGCCUAUAAUUAUUUGGGUCACUCUUAUCACCAUCUUUUAAAAAUGGGGGUGACUUUUGCACAUUUCCACUCAUCAGGAAAUGAAGAUGUUGAUAAUGAUAGAUUGAAAAUAUAAAAUAGAGAUUCACAAAUUAUAGGUGCAGUAUGUUUGAGUAGUUUACAAUCAAUUCCAUCAAGACCUUUAGCUUUACUGGAAGAAAAUUUACAAAUUUCAUCGAAAACAAACUCUUUUGUGAUAAAAUCAAAUUCAAACUUAUCUAAAAUGUUAUGAUCAAUUCGUGAAUCAUUAUUCUCGUAUACAGGGAAGUUAGAAGAAAGAUUUAUUCCAACUGAAGUAAAGUGGCUAUUGAAAAUAUUAGCAGUUUCUUUAUCAUUUGUUGUGUAUUCAUCUUUUACUGUUGAAGUGGCUGAUAAAUAAUUGAAAGAGUUUGCACAAUAAAACGUUUGUAUAUUAGCAAAAAAAGGAAGUAAAAUUUUUCCUUCCAAAUCAUAAAUUGAUAUUUUAUUUUAUUUUUUAAAGGUUUCCUUAGAUUUCACUAAGAUAGUAUGUCUUUAUUAAAAUAAAAUAGGAUCUAUAAGGUUGGAUCUAUAAAGAGAAUUUCUAUAUUUUGAUACCUAUUUUGACUAGUGUUUAUCCUUUCUAAUAAUAUAUUUCUUAAAGUUUGAUACCAUAUGUUCAAAUUUUAUAUAGAGCACCUUGCCAUCUUACUAUCUUUUUAUACAUUUUCUUUUAGUGUUUAAUUUGUGAUAAUAUGUGCAUCUAUGCGAAUGUGUAAAUUUGUUUUGACUGUAUAUAGUGGAAAAUGAGGAUUUUUUAGAUUUAUCUUUGUCACAUGUUUUACUUUAUCAAAGUCAUCUUUGUAUUGACUUUAUUAUAUAAAUGCCUUGACAUUUAGUAUUGAUAAAUUUUUGCACAUUUCCAGUAUUUAAUCUAUUAAUAUCAUUAUGUUGAUUAAUUAAAAAUAUUGAUUAAUAUAUAGUUUUAAUGUACAGUACUUAUUUAUUACUAUUUUUAUGGAUUUUAAUUCAGGUAUCUAUCAAAAGCUAUGUUAGAAAAGACACCUUUGGUAAACAUCAACAAUGCAGAUAAUUGUAAUUGCAUUGGCCAGCCAUUGGGUAUAAGUACUAUGUUGAAGUUGUAUGCAUCAGGGAAAAUAGAGAAUUGAACCUGUUUAUACUAAUUAGCUAAUAACAUUAGUAUAGUAUUUAUUGAAAGUAUUUCAAAUAAGAAAAAUAUGUAAAAGAACAAAUAAUUGUGAUGGUGGAAGAACUGUUAUAGCUCACUAUAUGAAUGAAUGAGAGUAGCUUGAUAAACAUAAAAUAGAUUCUUAAAAAGAAUUGUUUAUUUUAACAAGUGAGGGAUGUAUGAAAAUUAAUUCUUCUUAAAUUAUUAUCUCCAUUACUUUGUGCAUGCUUCCAGAAUACCAGUACUCCUCCCAACUGGUAGAGAACUGUAGAAUUCAAAGAUUAUAUUACAUAAAUCUACCAUGGAGGAAAUAUAUUAAGAAAAUAUCUUAAUAUAUUUCCUCCAUGGAUCUACUAAUUAUCAACGGCUGAUUCAUAUGUCAAAGGACUUGAAGUACAGUUGAAUUUAAAACUUGUACCUUUACUUUGAAAAUCCAAAAUUAAUGCACUGUUAAGAUGAUGUUUAAAGAAUUGGUUAGUUAAUUUGUUUUAAUUAUCUAUAAUUAUUUUUUAUAUGAAAUAAAUGAUAAUUCAUUCACUUUAAAAUAGGAAUGUUCCCAUACAGAUCUCACCUAUACCUUAACAUGAUGUGUAUGUAAACGUUCCUAAACAGUUUUGUAGGCCUGGAAAAAAAUAUUUGUUAGCCUCCAAUGCCACGUUAUUUUUACACUAUUAUAAUUAUUAUUAUAUUAUUAUUAUUAUUACAGUAGUAUAUUUAGUGGUUUGGAGCAAGCAAAAAUAUCAAAUUUGAUUACCGGUAUGCAUUAAAUCACAGGUACUGUAGGUGGGUGUGUGGGUGGUACCCUAUGUGUGCGGCCCGCCAAGCAACAUUGGCUAGAAAACAGCUGGUUUUUUACGGCCUGACACCAAUCAUGUAAAAAGUAGUAUUAAAACUGGGAAUAAAGUGGUGUAAAAGCAGUGCUUUGAGGUUUUUAGAAGCGCACUAGAAAAAUCAAUGUUUGGGUGCGGCCCUUGGUGUUAAAUCAGAAAUUCACUUUGCCCUCCGACCGAUUUUUAUGCCCAGCAUAAAAUUGUGAUGUGUAACAAAAAACAAAUAAAAAAAAAUAAUUUUUAACAUAAAAUGCCUCUGGGAAAAUAAUGGUCAAUGCCUCCAACUGCCGGUCGCACACACCCCUGUAGAUUUGUUAGAAAUGUUCAGACAUAUUAGGUUAAGGUAUAGAUAAGAUUGAUUUAGUUUUAAAAAUAUCUGCUGAGAAAGCAUAUUUGCAUUCAUCUGAUUGGUCAGUCAUAUUUAACAGUAACAAAUCUUUGGGCUACAAUAAACUUAAGCUGUGCAACGUAGGCACUCAUUUUUAGAAGGUGGGCUGUGUUGCUCAGGGGCAUUCAGUCCCCUAUGCGUCUCCUGUAAGCAAGCCAAUCAAUGGCCCAACAAUUUGUGUUUGCAUGUUUUUACUACUUUAUUAUGAAUUUUCUCCCUGAAGUCAGCUGGCUUUGCAUAUCAUCACACUUAAGGCGAGACUUUUUAUACCUUGUUUUGCAAAACUUAUUAUUUUAAAGAUCGUCAAAGGAGGGCAGGAAGAAAAUAAAAAUAAAAUUUUGUUUCCUUUAAUCUUCCAUUUUUUCAUGGUGGCGGGUGCAUCAAUUGGCCAGAAAUCAUUGUUAUUGAUGGGUGGUAGAUUUUUUAAACAGAGUAUAAAAAAGUCUCACCAAACAUUGCUUUAAUUUAACGGAGUUGAAAGCUAUUUCAUUACUGUACAUAGAAUGAGUGAUAAUUCUUUAUUAUUAUUUGGUGCUGGGUAUCAUAACAUUAAUAAAAGUAAUAUCUUCAGUAAUGAAUGUUUAUGAUUUUAUUAUAUUAAUAUAUUAUCAUUUAAUAUUAAAGAACAUAAUAUAAUGUAAAUUAUGUGUAAGUAGAUUUUCUUUCAACUGUUUGAAUAGGUUAGAUGUGCAUUUUGUUUUUAUUGAUACACUUCAAAAUCGAGGCUCAUUUAUUGGGCAAAAUUAAUAUUAAAACUGAUUUGUAUUACGAUUUUUAAUUGUAGGGUUUUUUUUGUUUGCAUACUGCCCAAACAUAUAUUGCACUUCAUCAUCAUUACUUGGUUAUAUCAUCUUCAUCAUUUACACAGAUAAAAAUGUAUUGAACAAUGAUUGUGAUUUGUGUUUAGUAUAUACUGUUAAUAUUGUUACAUUAUGUAUUUGUAUUCCAUUUCUGUUAAAAAAUUGAAGACAGCAGUUGCAAAAUUAAAUCUCAUCUGAUUAUCUCCAUUAUAAUCGUGAGUCAUCACUGUA